AGGGCCCCGGCUGGAGGUGACGCUGAGGCGGUGAGGGUGAGUCUGGGCCGGCCGCUGCCGCACUUCGGGUGCUCGUACCUCAUUUCUCUGUGGUGAAUGGCGACGGGAUGGAGCGCGAGGGGAGCGGCGGCAGCGGCGGGUCGGCCGGGCUCCUGCAGCAGAUCCUGAGCCUGAAAGUUGUGCCGCGGGUGGGCAACGGGACCCUGUGCCCCAACUCUACUUCCCUCUGCUCCUUCCCAGAGAUGUGGUAUGGUGUGUUCCUGUGGGCACUGGUGUCUUCUCUCUUCUUCCAUGUCCCUGCUGGAUUACUGGCCCUCUUCACCCUCAGACAUCACAAAUAUGGUAGGUUCAUGUCUGUAAGCAUCCUGUUGAUGGGCAUCGUGGGACCAAUUACUGCUGGAAUCUUGACAAGUGCAGCUAUUGCUGGAGUUUACCGAGCAGCAGGGAAGGAAAUGAUACCAUUUGAAGCCCUCACUUUGGGCACUGGACAGACGUUUUGCAUUGUGGUGGUCUCCUUUUUACGGAUUUUAGCUACUCUAUAGCAUACAUCCUUAUGCUGAGAUGUUGAUCUUAAACUUUAUGGAAUCCUCUGAAAGAAUACAUAAUGGAGUGUAGUGUUUUCUUAGUUCUACAAAGGGAAGCAACUUGGAUGAACAGGAACAUGAAGGACAACACAUCUCAGCCUUUUCUUCAUUUUGAAGCUCCUAGAAUUGAAGACUUCUGUGCACUAAUCGUUCUCAACCAAAACAAGUCUUUUGGCUUUCUUUUUUGUAGAUAUUUAAUUUAGGCAGUUUUCACGUGUACCUUUACCCAAGCCAAGUCAACAGUGUCUCUGGGGUGGCAUCCUUUGCACUGAAAUUUACAGUAUUCUGUGAGAUGUUGCAUAUUUUGAAGAAACCAUGGAAGAUACUGGUUUAUUUCAAAUGAGCAGAGUAUGUUGUAUUAAAAUCUUAUCUAAUCUUGAUUAAAAUUUGGCAAACUCUUUUCUUUGCUACAUCUUAGUGACAAUAAAUGGCAAAUAGGUUUCGGUUGAGUAUAGUUUUGAAAACAAAGUUGGUGAAAUAAAGCAGGAAAAAAAAUUUAAGUA